UUUCAAUUCGACUCGACCAGCUGACUAAUUUGCAUAAAUAUUCCAACUACCAAAUUCGAGAAACCCGGAAAGUAGUAACAAUAAUGGUGAGAAAUAAUGCAUACACAUCACAUACUUCUCCACCAUCUUCGAAGAUUGGCUAGAACUAGAAACCUGCACAACUUCAUUUUUGUAACUGUAGUGGUGGAGGAGGUUGCCCACCCUCCUUUUGAUAGUACUCAAACAAUUCGACAAGUUCAUCAUUAAACUUUCUACCAAUUCCUUUUUCCUUGUCUUCCCAUUUAGCUUUUUGAUAAUAUUUCUCGGAUUUCUCAUCUUGAAGCUCUGGUCAAGUAUAACAUCUAUGUGAAUCGACCUAUUCGAUUUAAGUUUCAUUUCCUCCCACUCAUACCAAUACUUUCCAAACUCCCCUUUCAUUUUUCUUAUCGUCCUAACCUCAUCAUCAUCAUCGCUACAAAUCAUUCUACUAAAAUGGUUGAAUACAUUACCAAUUGCCUUUAAGAACGUGAGAAGUGGAUGUAAGGUAAAAUCCUGAAAAACUUGAGAUAUUUCAACAUCACACUUUUGAUCAAAAUGUUGUGGGAUCAUCCCCCCUCACACCCCCCCCCCCCCCUCCAAUUUUGUCCUUCAUUAUAAUUUCAACACCAUUUACAUGUUGUGAGAUUUCAUUAGGCCGAGGGAGUGAGGUUUUGUUUUGGUCUAGAUAAUGAAUUACGGUUUACACAAUUUAUUGCGGUUGACAUUGAAUCGGACCAUCCACAUCAUAUAUUAGAGGGGGCUGAGGACUGCCCACCCAACCGAACUUUGGCUCUCAUUCUUCUUGCCUGGACUAAAUCGCGUUGUCCGAUCUAUACCACGUUUCCCAUACGAUUUGGUUUGGAUUCCCACCAUAGUAAAAGUUGGAAAGGUACAAUUAAUGGUCCAUGGUUAUUAGCAAGGUUUGGUGGAACGAGAUACAACCUAGCUAGCUACUCAUGGGUGAAUUGAGUUUAUCUUUUUUUCCCUUAGUUUAUACUAAUAUCAGAAACAACAAAGUGCCCUUUAGAAAAGAGUUUUACCGAUUUUUUAACCGAUGAAAAAGAGGGAAAAAAACGAUUGUUUAAUUACCAUACAUUACUUGAUGGCUACCAUGCAUCUUGGAUCACGAAAAGAAAAAAAAAACAUGUAGGAGACUCCUUUAGGUAAAAACAGGAAAGCGACAAAUAAAGAAAGAAACUAUUUUUAACAUGUAUGCAAAAACCAAUCUUCUCCAAUAAUAGAUUGUUCUUCACCUAUAUAUAUAUUUUACCUUCGAAAUUUCAACCAAACCGUCUAGAAUUUCCUUCCCCCAAUCGAUCAUUUCGCCCACCCAACAGCUAGCCAUGAUGAAGAUGACGAACAAGAACGUCGUGAUCAUGGUGCUCGCUCUAACGAUCGCCAUGUCCGUUUUGUUGAAGGAUAAUGAAGUGAGAGCCGAAGAGACAACCGUGAUCUCCCCGGAGGUGCUCGACCCUUGCUUGGGCCCUGACGCCGAGAAGAUCCCCGGCUGUGACAAGCACAAGGACGGAGAUAAGCCAGAAGAUCACGACGACGAUCAUCGCGACGACACUCAUCACGACGAUAACCAUGAUGAUAAUAGUGAUCCCAUUCACAAUGUUGACAAAGUUGGUCGAGCAGCGAAUCCGUACACUCGUGGCUGCCUCCCUUCCAUGCGAUGCCGUACAUAAAUGUGACCAAAAUAUGGGACUUUCGAUGAAUACAAAGUUUUUAUAAAUGAAUAAUUCGCCAAUACGAUUUAUGUAAGAAUUGUUUAAUUAUCAUAUAAUGUACUAAGUAAUUACUAUAAGUUGGUCUUUGCACCGGGAUGAAUUUACAUUUUACAACGAGUUUUAAUUCGUCUGAAGGGGUAUUAGUAUUACAUGUAUGUUUGUAAGUGGUACACAAUUUUUUAGAACAAAUGAGCAACUAGUACACAAUCGAGUCGUUUUAGUGGAAAUACUCCGAAAUGUCAAAUGUGUAUCAAAAUUAAACCACUGCUUUGCUAAUAAGAUUUUUAAAUGAAC